GUAGGCAUGUAGAGGGAGAGAGGGGAGCUCGUGCAGAAUCUGCCUCACCUGGGAUUUCUGGAGCAGCUCGUGAGCUGUUGUUGCUAAUGGAGACACAGAGAAGCAGGAACAAGGAGGAACAAGGCCAGUGUAUGUUUUUCUCCUGACAGAGAUCAACAGGGUGGGAGCCGCUACAUGUCAGACGAUGUGUUUUUUUCUCUCCUCCCUCCAGCGGCGCUGAUCACAGCUGAGGAAGAGGAGAUGGAUUGACUUUCUUCUUCUUCUCCGUAUUAAGAAUUUUCAGAGGCCAGAACCUGAACAACAACUGAAGAUGUGAAUCGUAGCUUUGCUUGAAACGGAGCCUGUGUUCAUUCAGAGUGAACGGCUGACUGGGCUCUGUUGAACGAAGCUGGAAAACAAACAGGCGUUUGGAAACGACUGAUGGAGAGAAACAGCUCGUUUGUGUGGAGGUGAAUGUGAACUGACUGUCCCAAGUCUUAGGAAGAAACGGAAUAAAUAAACCGUGUUCUACUAACAGAUAGCGGGCAUUUAUAUUGAGCAUGCUUUAACUAACUGUGGAUACGACCCCGGUGGUCAAAUUUAACAGAGGGUAAACCAAUAACACAGAACUUCCUGGUAAGUUAUUUAACUCAGAGAGGUGAAGGUCUAAAUAUGUUAUGUAGACAAAAAAAUCUUCUUUUUUAAAAAAAUAAAUGUGCACAUCAGGUUACUCCUGAAAUAGAUGCAAUUGCUAACUAGUUUAGCAGAGCAAAAACCACAUCAUCAAAUCACUGUUGCUAAAUGUAAAUGUGAAUGAAUUACAGAUAUACAAUAGGUGACUCCCCCUGUACAGAGUAUCUUAAAGUGUUGAUGAAUAAACAGUGAAAACCUUAUAAUCACAGCUGUUAAUUCUGCAUAAUAAUCUAUUCUGAAACUGGAUUUAUGCGACACAAAACGCAUGCAUUUUUAAUGAAAGACUCCUGUGGAUCAGUCAUGGCAUCAAUCAGUGACCUCUUUCUCCUGAGAGGUGGGCUUCAAUAGAAAAGUGUCACUGGGAAGUAUUAUGGUAGUAUUACAGCCACUAACACUUACAACAACAAAGCAUAUUUGACAUUGCAUAUAAUUAGUCCCAGAGCCAGUUUUGGCCUGAUAGUCAAUAAUAUGAAAUAUCACAAUAUUUCCUGCUAUAUGCAAUAUUUUACAUGACAUCAAAAUGAUUACAUUUCUUUUGCAGUUUUGCACAGUCAAAAUAUAAAUAUACAUAUAACUUAAAAUUCAACAACAUAAUUAUAUAUAUAUAUAAAAAGAUAGUAUUAAGAUAGUAAAAGGUAAUAUUGUAUGUCAUGAUAUUUGAGCCGGACUGUAUCGAGAUUAAAUUUUGGAUAUUGCCCGAGCCUACUGGUUAUUGGUAUCCAUCAUACAAAAAGACAUUACAUCCUUUUAUCAUGAACACAGACUUGACUACCCCCUUUUCAUUUUCUCUGUUGAUGGAUUUGAAGAUGCUGAAAGCAGGAAACGACACACGGAUGAGGAGGAGUCAUUAUCAGCAGCCAUGUCUGACUCCAGGAACCCGACACUGACUGACUCUGAUCCGACUGGAUGUUUGUGAGAUAAGGGAUGAGUUUUGUUGUGUUGUUUUUGUGCGUCAUCGAUGGAGUCGCCUGUUAGCACGGCCCUGUGGGGCGGUGGUGGCAGCAACUACACAGCUGACAACUCUGGGCCGAGCUUCAUCAACCAGCUAGGCACUGGCUCACCUGUUGUGCCGAGGGUUGUUUCCAUAGUUACCAGUCUAGUGACUGCCACCACAGAGGCCACAGUGGGCACCACAGGAAACCUGUCGGCGUUCAGAGACCAAAGAAGGAGCGAGCUGAGUCAAACCCAUCCGGCAUCAACCCCGUCUGUCCUGAGCGCCGUUGAGAGUAACUCUGUUCUUCAGGGCAUCACCGUGGCAGCUCAGGCCCUGGUGCUCCUCUCCAUCUUCCUCCUCUCCAGCCUUGGUAACUCAGCCGUUGUUAUCGUCAUCAUCAAACACAGGCAGCUUCGAACCGUGACCAACGCCUUCAUCAUGUCUCUGUCGCUGUCUGACUUCCUCACGGCUGUUUUGUGUCUGCCCUUCUCCUUCAUCAUGCUCUUCAGUAAGGACGGGAUCUGGAUGUUUGGGGAUAAUUUCUGUGUGGCCAACGGCUUCUUCAACACCUGCUUUGGUAUCAUCUCCACCCUGACCAUGACUCUGAUCUCUUUUGACAGGUACUACGCCAUAGUCAGGCAGCCACAGGCGAAAAUUGGGCGCCAGAAAGCGACUCAGUUGUUGGUAGCUGUGUGGUUAACUGCUGUCAUCUUUUCUUUACCCUGGUACCUGUUAGUCCGGACGCCGGCAGAAAUCCAUAAGCGAGGUUUCUACCACUGUAUGUACGUGUUCCACUCUGGGACGUCACGCAUGGGGACGGCUUACAGCAUCUGCCUCAUCAUGGUGUGUUAUUUACUGCCCUUCUCCCUCAUGUGUUUUUGCCAUUACAACAUCUGUAAGACGGUCCGGCUCUCAGAGAUCCGAGUCCGACCAGUGACCACGUACGCAUACUUAUUGCGGUUCUACAGUGAAAUGAGAACAGCAACCACGGUUCUGAUUAUGAUCGUUUUCAUCAUUUUCUGUUGGGGGCCAUAUUGUUUAAUGGGGUUGGUCACAGCAAUGGGAGACUAUAAAUUCAACCCCGCAAUGGACACGGUGGCAAUCUGGCUCGCCUGGGCAAACGGAGCCAUCAACCCUCUGAUCUACGCCCUGAGGAACCCCAACAUAUCCAUGUUACUGGGGCGGAACAGAGAGGAGGGCUAUCGGACCAGAAAUAUCGCUGCGUACCUCUCCAGCCAAACCCAGAACCGCGAGGUUCGGCUCAACCAAGCAGACAGGAUAAGGGACCGCUACGUAAGCCGGGUAGGGGUGAACAAUAACAGCAGACUGUCGAGUUCCAGUCCUGGAAAAGGAGGAGAGGUGGCAAUGUGGGCCUGUAAAAACCCCGCUGUAUUCUUCUGCAGGGACGCCCAGUCUGACACCACAACACUACCCAACUCUGUCAGCACUCUAAAGAUGAAGACAGCUGACACCAGCCUGUGACGUUCUGGACCGAGUUUGAACUAUCUGAUAAUGGUUUCCAUCUGAUCUGUAUUUACAGUUGAGGAUCUGGAGACUGCUGUCACCAGUUUAAGGUCUUCAGAAAUACCUGACAGUAUUCGUGUCUCGUCGGAUCACAGCAUCUCAUAAACGUUCAUGAUCCCAAUCAAAACUUGACCAGAUUUUGUUCCAUGAAUCAGGAGGAUAAUGAGUUUUUCGUAUAGUUCUAUUAAUUGACAGAACUGUCAGGAAGACAAAAGUCAUGAUGGUGAAAACUCAGUUUGAGCAACUGCUGUAUAACAGCUAAUGAGUUACAUGAAAUCCUUCCUAAAUUUGGAGGACACCAUGAAGUCCUCUGAAGGAUCCACAGGACCAGCCUGAAGACCUCUGGAAGGGGAUGUUGAGUAUUGUGACGCCUGUGCUGCAAUUUCUUCAUGUCAUUUCAUAUGUCAAUAUGGAAAAUUGAUAAGGAUGUAGCAUUUCCUUGAUCCUAAACCAUCCAUGUUUAAAACAUAUAUGUACUGUACAUGUCAUUUUCAGUAAUUUGCUUUAAUGCUUAAAACAACCUGAAGUUACAAUCUCCCAACGAAACUUGUUAGAACCUCCAACUGCCUCGUCACACCAGGGUGAAGUUCAUCCACACUACUGUAGCUUAUUAAGCUAACCACUAAGACUACGUCCACACUACUACGUUUUCAUUUUAAAACAAUCUACAUCCAGAGUAACACACCUAAAAACGCAUAACUACAUGACCAUUCAUGUACACUGAGCAUAUGUGAGCCGGUGUAAACAAGGAGCAGAUUGUUUACUCUGCAGUUGAUUAGUCUUACAACAUGCUACAAAUGAGAAACAGCAAAAACAGUUGUAGAAUUAAAAUACAGUAAUUAACUGAACAACAGCUGCUAGAAAAGACAAGAUCAGUAACAACAGUAAUUCAUUUUAUCGUUGUAUUCAAUACUGGUAGUCCAAUCAGGAGCAACCGUGGGUGUCUAGGUCAUUGUUUCCAAAGGUGUCCGUUUCUGUCCGUCCAGAUGACAACACAACCCCAGGGUUUUCAAAUUAAAACGGAUUCGCAUUUACAAAACUCGAAGGGAAAGAGAUGCGUUUGUCUCCGAAAAUGCAGUAGUGUGGACGUAGCCAAAGGCUGUGUCCACACUGGAUGUGGGCGUAUGUGUGGCGGGUGUGUUUUCGUUUUCAUUUCUGCACCCAUGUUAACAAGUUAGAGAAGACAUGCCUCACGCUUCGAGAGAUUCGGCCUUUUGGCUAUUUUUCACGUGUGACACGUCUCUGAGCAACAUCACAUAAAACUGACACCCACCACUAUUGUUUCUAUGUCUAGGCUGAAUCUGAUUAUGACCAAGACAUGGAAAAAUAUAAACCAUUUAAGCAGCUGCAUGUGGAGACAGUGGCACUUUACUGACAUUUUCAGUUUAAAAUAAAUCAGAAAUGAAUUUAUAAUGAAGAGAAAUCCAACAGCUGAGUACCCUGUAAACUCUUAUGUAGAGAGAUAGUGCUGCAGUAACGGCGACGCAGCAGACACACACAAACAAUGCAGUCAGUGUGUUCCCGGCAUAAGACACUAGCCAGCAGGGGAAAUGCUAAUGCUAACUGCACUUGAAUGAAUUGACUUGGCUCUGAAAUGUUGCUGUCUUAACUGCAGGUGUGACCAGGCCAGUAGGUUGUGAUGAUGGAUGGUUUGUUGGAUUAAUUAUCAUGGUUUAAUUUGUUUGAAGCUGAGAUGUUGUAGAUCAGAAACUGUGAAUAUUAAAAGUCAUAAUGUUUUGUUGUUUAGAUGUGAGGACUUUUCAUCAUGUCUGUCUGUUGCUGCCUGUUGUUUUGAUUUAUUACUUAUACUUACUUACUUAUUAUUUGAUUUGAUCAUGAUUAUUCAUCAGCUUGAAUGUAUCUCAACAGGAUUUGAGUUGCACUCUCACAAAUACAAUGAAAGAUUUAACACUGUGAGACAGGCGUGAUUUCUUAACAGUGUUUUCACAACAGAAAAUGAUUUUAAAAAUGAAAUGACCAGUUUAGACACACAAGGACGGACAAGGAUUCAGGUGCCAAACAGGAGGGAAAAUAUGUCAUCUCUUGACACGUUGACUUGUUUGUGUAACUGCAUUUUCAUAUCAUUGUUUUUUGUUGACAAUAAAGAGGUUGCUAAAAAAAGUUUGACUUCAA